AAGAAGUGGUUCCACUGUUGAAAAUGGUAGUGGCGUUUAUAGUGUCUAAAUUGUGUUAAACAGUGUAAAUGACGACGGGAACAGACGAAAUGGGAAACUGCGACGUCAUGGGGAUGAAUCACUCCUGCAUGGUAAAUGAGGACAUGCGGAGCGAUAUUAAAAGCACAGACAUACAUUGCUGUCGUGAGCAGCCGAUCUUCUCGUGCAAGGCGCACGUCUUCCACAUCGACCCCAAGACGAAGCGCUCGUGGAUCUCGGCGUCCAGCGCGGCGGUCAGCGUCUCCUUCUUCUACGACUCGACGCGCAGCCUGUACCGCAUCAUCAGCGUCGAGGGCACCAAGGCGGUGAUCAACAGCACCAUCACGCCCAACAUGACGUUCACCAAGACGUCGCAGAAGUUCGGGCAGUGGUCGGACGUGCGCGCCAACACUGUCUACGGCCUGGGCUUCUCGUCCGAGGCGGAGCUCAACAAGUUCAUCGAGAAGUUUCAGGAGGUGAAAGAUGCGACUCGUCUGGCAGCAACCAAAGCUCUGGCCAAUGGUGCUGCAACAGGUGCGACACCUGUCACCUCUGCCAACGCGUCCCCCGUCACUGCCAGGGCCUGUGCCACAGCCUCCGCUGCUGCCGGGUCCCACGCUCACCCUAUUGGGGACGGCCCGCUGCUGGAACCGCCGGCCUCCUCCAACCCUGGGUCCGGAUCCACAGUCAACUCCAUGGCGGUUGCAGCACCGCCAAGUGCAGUAGUGGCUGCGGCGCCCUCGUCCGGACCGGUGAACAGUGGCCACAACCAGAGCCAUAACCAGAGUCACAACCAGAACCAGAACCAGAACCAGGUGGGCGACACCAAGAGCCACCAGCGCACCCAGUCCCUGCCGGGGGGCGGCGGCGCCCUGCAGGCAGGAGAGAGCCCCAAACAUCAGCCAAAGUCUGGAGAUAAGAGCCCGGCUCCUGUGUCUGCAGCAACACCCGCCAUUGCUAACCUGCCUCCAGAAGCACAACUUAAAUAUGAAAAUGAUAGGCUGAAGCUUGCUCUAGCACAGAGUUCUGCUAAUGCGAAGAAGUGGGAGGUGGAACUCGCAACUCUGAAGAGCAACAAUGUCAGAUUAACAAGUGCCCUCCAGGAAAGCACAGCAAAUGUUGAGGAAUGGAAGCGGCAGUUGCAUUCUUACAAAGAAGAAAACCAGAGGAUUAAAACUAAGUACAUAGAGCUUGAAGCAGCAAAAGGAAAUGCUGAUGCUGCAGCAGAACUGCGAAAAGAACUACAAGCUCUAAGGCAACGAGUGGAGACCUUGGAACAUGAGUUGAAAGUGAAAGAUGAUGAAGUGAAGCGCCUCGGAAAGCAGCAGGCUGCACCUGACCAACAGUCACGCUCCCAGGACGAACGUAUCAAGAACCUACAGCAGGAAAACGCUGAGCUGCAGGCGGCUGUGUCGCUGGCACAGGCGCAGCUGGAGACGGCGCUCGCAGCCCAGGAGUCACAGCGCCGUGUACUGGACACACUGAAUGCGCAGCUGGCGGCACAGCUGGCUGAGCUGGCUGGCAUCCACCGUGAGAUUGCCACCGCCCUGCAGACCUGAGGGCAGCCCCCCGCGGCCCCCGCCCCCCCGAGGCACCCCCACUGGUCCUCCGUCUGACGCCGGGCUCCUGGGGGAGGCGACCGGCAUCUGGCUCUGGAGCUGGAACUGGGACUGGGUGUGGAAGACGGACGCCGGCAAUAACGACAUUUCCGUGUUACAGUUUAUUUUUGAGGGAAAAGUGUUAUUGAGCACUGGAAGAUUAAAAACACAGAUAACCUACUACAUUGUUUAGUGAUAAAAUAAUUUUUUGUUUUUACAAAUCCAAAUGGCAUC